AUGGGUCAAACAAAUUCAUCGUCAUUACUAUGUCAACAUUAUCUACGUCGUCAGUUAUAUUCAACUGAUGCUCAACCAAACGUAGUAUCAUCUCAGUCCCAACGUCAAACUGGCACUGUUAGUAAAUUUUUUGGUGAAAAAGGUUUUGGUUUCAUCACAAAAGCCGACGGAUCAGAUAUAUUUGUUCAUUAUAAAAAUAUAAAUCGAGUAGGAUUUAAGUCAUUGGAUGAAGGACAAGGUGUUGAAUUCGAUGUUGUCGUAGGACAAAAAGGAGAAGAAGCACGAGACGUCACAGUUAUUUCAGAACCCAAUUUUUCAAAUCAAAAACAACAGCGAUCAAUGUUUUCCGAGGGUGAUCAUGGGUUCGGAAAAGGUAGUAGUAACAAUAGAAGUAGAGGAUUGAAUAUGGGAAGUGGAAUGGAAACGAACUCGAAUUCUUCGCAAUCCCAACAAACCGUUCCACAAGGUCGUCAUGUUGGUACAGUGAAACGUUUUUCAAAAGAAAAAGGUUUUGGUUUCAUCCGUAAAACUGACGGUACUGAAAUUUUUGUUCAUUUUUCUAAUAUUAAUCGACCCGGUUUUAAAACAUUAGAAGAAAAUCAACAAGUUGAAUUUGAAAUUACGCAAGGACAAAAAGGUUUAGAAGCAAGAGAUGUGACCAUACGAGAAUGGAAUGAAUCAGAACAAAAAUAA